AAGUUCAUUCACAAUUCACUCAUCCAGGUAGCUAGUUUCACUCAUGCGUGCAUGAUGCACGCAUGAGUGGAACAUCUUAAAUAAUACGGAUAUUUUUAAGAUACGCAGCCACGUGGUAAGUUAUUCAGUAGGACUAUUAAAUUUUCUUGGUGCACAUUGGACCUUUCAGAUCGAUGUACGUUUGGCCUACUGGUUAAGGUAGCAGUCUACUGUUCUGGCGAACAAAGGAGCGAAUCCAGACUGGUUAAAAAACCCCAGGAAUUUUUCGAGGGGUGAUCCAUCCGGAUAUGUCAGGCUCAUUCUUUACUAUCCGGCCACCCUGUGGCGGGCUUGACUGAAAUCCAACAUGGGCUCACUAAAAAGAUCCUCUUAGUGCCCACAAAGCGGAGAAUAAAAAAUGACUACAAUGAUACAAUAAGCCUACCAGUGGCCGAGUGAAUAAAACCACUAAAUACUAGUAGUUUGUCGUGGGUUGGCGCCUCGCCAACGGGCUGCCACGGGAAGUUUUCGCGUUUUAUUCACGUUUAUAACACUUAAAUAUGGGACAGUUUCCCAUAAACUCCUCCCGGGAGGCAUUCCCUCGGCAGGUACAAACAAACAAUGAUGCCUUAAUUAUGCCCGUUAUGAAUGGAUCUACUGGUAAUGGAGUCAAUCAGCAUGGGUAAAGAAUGGAAAACACUAUCAGAAAAUCUGCAGAUAAACUAAAGAAAUGUAUGAAGAAACUGCUAAAUUGUAUUUUAAAAAAUGCAAGAGUACUUAUUUAUGUAACAAACUUAUAUAUCGAGCUACUACAUUUUUGAGGCAGAGCGUUAGUGAAGCCUCUUGUGUGUGGCUUACGGAAUUGUGUUCAUUCUCGAAAAUCUGUUCGAUCGAUUUUGAUUAAACUUUGCCAUUCUCCAUUAAUUGCGAUGAGGAAUCCAAAAAUGUAUUGAAGGUCCAUUUAAAGUAGGAAUCCAUGACUUCGUUUUCGAUACACAGAGGUUUUCGGUAGAUACAAAAUUUAUAUAAUGAUCAAAAAGCUGAGAUCAAUAUAGAUUUAAUUCAACAACUACUUUAGAAUCAAACUUAAAUUAUCAAAUCGGUUAUCGAUGUAACGAUGAAAGAUAAAUAAUUCGAUAUGAAACAAUGAGAUAUUGAGAUUUUGUUAGAAACUAAUUAGCUAACAGCAAAAUAAUGCAGAAAAAUAAAUUGGAUCGUUUAAUAUGUUUGCACGAUUUCGAAAAUUAUGCGGAUAAACAUUUAAAUUCGGAUGCACGCGAUUAUUAUUUUAGUGGGGCUAAUCACGAAUAUACAUUAAGAGAUAACAUAGAAGCCUUCAACAGAUUUAAAAUAAAACCAAAAUGUCUAAGAGACGUUUCCAAAAGAGAUCUCUCUGUUACACUUUUGGGGGAGAAAAUUUCAUUUCCUGUUGGAAUUUCACCAACUGCUAUGCAAAAAAUGGCUCAUCCCAAUGGAGAAACUGCAACAGCAAAAGCUGCAGCAUCUAUGGGAACUGUUGCUAUCUUUAGUACUAUUGCAACUACAUGUAUUGAAGAUAUUGGAAAAAGUUCAGAUGGAUUAAAAUGGUUUCAACUAUAUAUUUACAAAGAUCGAAAGAUUACUGAAGAUUUGGUAAAAAGAGCAGAACAAAGUGGAUUCAAAGCAAUUGUUCUCACAGUAGAUACUCCAGUUUUUGGAAUGCGUCUUGCAGAUGCUAGAAAUAAAUUUUCAUUGCCACAACACUUAAGGUAUGUAAUUACAUCUCUCAAUAAUUAUUUUAUAAAAUUAUAUAUAUAUUUUUUUUUACUUAUUUAAAAAUCAAUUUUAAUAUCCUGGACAUUUUAUAUUUGCAUUAAAUAAAUAUAAAAUUUUAA